AUGUGCCUUCCUCUAGAAUUCCACAUCCCGUCGCCAGAGCCGCGAAGAGCAAUAGAACAUUUGAAAGACAUCAACUGCCAGAGACCCAGCACCAUCCAGUGGCUGAAGUUCCAUCAGGUGAACAUGCAGGAGCACACUCUACCCCUCUUUCAGCCUCCUCUGAGACGACGCAACCCUCAUCCGGUGGUGGCACAAUUCAAAGAGAAGAACAGCAGACACAAGCAAGAGAAGGCCGGCAUGUUCCGGGAGAUGUAA